CGCUCUUUCCCGGGUGACUUCCUCUCCUCUUGGCCGGACUCCUCUUCUUGUCCCCCGGGUUUUGGCUUUUCUUUCUCUUCCGGUUGUCGUCUGUUCGUGUGGCAGAUUAACCAGCGUCGAAAUGGCCAAGUCCAAGAACCACACAACCCACAACCAGUCUCGUAAAGCCCACAGGAAUGGCAUCAAGAAGCCCAGAUCCCAGCGGUAUGAGUCACUGAAGGGGGUGGACCCUAAGUUCCUGAGGAACAUGCGCUUUGCCAAGAAGCACAACAAGAAGGGCAUGAAGGCAGCGCAGAAGGCAGUCCAGGCGAAAUAAACUGCCGUCCGGUCACCUCCAUGUGUAUCAGCUUUCCAUGUUUCCACCAUCACAAUAAAGCUAUGCUUUGUUAACAAACCACAA